GCAAUUCUGUUUUCCUCCGUCGCCUCAGGCACGACACGCCGAUCUCCGUUGUCAACGUCGUCUCCAAUGUUCAAACUUCUCCUCUAAGCAAAUCCCGAUUACACAUACUCCUCAACGCAAAUCCCUGCCUCCUUAUCCUGUCCCUUAAUCUUCCCCCCAACCCUCCCCAUCCACAAGUAAGGUCGAAAUUUCUACCAUCAUUCAUCAUCUACCUUCGAUUUCUAGGGUUUGAAUUCAAGCUCGUUUAAUAGACCGGUUACAUUGAUUUCUUUUCUUUUUCCUUAAUUGAAUGGAGAGUGCUGGUGAUGAGGAUGCCGAUGCGGUGCUCAGCGAUGUAGAAGCAGACGAGCCGGUGCCGAUCGCGAUAAAGGAUGCUGCGAACGACGACGUUUCGGUUGAGAGAUUCCGGGAGGUCCUUGCGGAGCUCGAUCGGGAGCGGCAAGCGCGAGAAGUGGCGGAGAAGGAGAAAUCCGAGCUUCAAAUCUCGUUUCAGCGGUUGAAGGCGCUCGCUCACGAGGCCAUCAAGAAGAGGGACGAGAGUGUCAGACAACGGGAUGAAGCUCUUCGGGAGAAAGAAGAUGCGGUGAAGUCAAAUGAAAGCACGUCCGCGCAAUUGGCCGAGGCUAAUAGGAUCAGAGACGAGGUUACCAAGCAGAGAGAUGAUAUUGAGAAGCAGUUGGAAGAAGUAACUAAGGCUAGGGAUGGAUUGCGAUCGGAGAUUGAAAACUCUGCGCAUAUGCUUGUUUCUGGUAUUGAGAAAAUAUCUGGGAAAUUGAGUAAUUUCAAGAAUUUCUCUGCAGGAGGGUUGCCACGGUCAAAUAAGUACACAGGAUUGCCCUCGGUAGCGUAUGGAGUGAUCAAGAGGACCAAUGAGAUUGUUGAAGAGCUGGUUAGACAGAUUGAUACCACAGCCAAGUCUAGAAAUGAAGCUAGAGCGCAGAUAGAGCAGAGAAAUUAUGAGAUUGCUAUUGAAGUUUCUCAGCUCGAAGCUACAAUUAGUGGAUUAAGAGGAGAGGUUGAAAAGAAAGGUAAUGCCAUUGAGAAUUUGGAGAAAAAUGUAAUUGAAAAGGAUGCAAAAAUUGCAGAGAUUGAAAGAGAGAUGUUGGAGAAGAUAAAUUUUCUGGAGAAUGAAACUACUGGGUUGAGAAAUUUGGUUGAUGAGUAUGAUAAUAAGUCGAGUGGUUUGGAAUUGAAAAUGGAGUCACAGAAGUCCUUGCUGGUUGAUCAGUUGAAUCUUGUGUCAAGAAUUCACCAACGGAUUUAUGACGUUAUUAAGAUUGUUGAUGCUGAUAAGCUGGGUCAGUCGGAUGUAUUGGAGUCCUUUUUUCUUCCCCAGGAGACUGAUUUGGAGGAGAACAUACGAGCUUGUUUGGCUGGGAUGGAAUCUAUUUAUGAGUUGACAAAUAUGGUUGUUGAAAAAACUAGAAAUUUAGUUGAGGAGAAAAAUAGGGAAGUGAAGAGUUUGAAAGAAAUGGUGGGUCGAUUGAUUAAUGAGAAAGAACAUAUUGGUUCUUUGCUUAGAAGUGCUUUGUCCAAGAGGAUGACUUCUGAUACUAAUUCCAAAACAAAUGAACUGUUUCAAGCUGCGGAGAAUGGUUUAAGGGAGGCUGGGAUUGACUUCAAAUUUGGUAUGCUUCUUGAGGGUGGAAAUAAAGCCGAGGCUCAGGAGACAGAGCAUGAUGAAAUUUACACUUUGGCUGGUGCGUUGGAGAAUAUUGUCAAAACAUCUCAGCUUCAGAUCAUUGAGUUGCAGCAUUCAUUGGAGGAAGUAAGGGCAGAGUCAAGUUUACUUAAAGAACAAAUAGAGGUCCAAGCCAAGGAACUCAGCAAUAGGAUGCAUCGAAUAGAAGAACUUGAAGAGAAAGAGAGAGUGGCAAAUGAAAGUGUUGAAGGGCUUAUGAUGGACAUUGCUGCUGCUGAAGAAGAAAUUACAAGAUGGAAAGUGGCAGCAGAGGAUGAAGCUGCUGCAGGCAGGGCUGUUGAACAAGAGUUUGUAGCACAGCUCACAGCUGUUAAGCAGGAGCUUGAAGAGGCACGCCAAUCAAUGUUGGAAUCAGAAAAGAAGCUAAAAUUCAAAGAAGAGACAGCUGCAGCUGCCAUGGCGGCCAGGGAUGCGGCCGAGAAAUCAUUGAGAUUGGCAGACAUGAGAGCAUCCCGGCUGAGGGAUAGAGUUGAGGAACUUAGCCGCCAGCUUGAAGAGUUUGAAACACGAGCAGACUUGAGAGGUCGACACGGGUCCAGAUAUGUGUGCUGGCCAUGGCAGUGGCUUGGCCUAGACUAUGUGGGGUCCCGCAGACCUGAGACUGAACAACAGAGUUCAAAUGAAAUGGAGCUUUCAGAACCCCUUCUCUGAUUAUACGUUUUUCUUUUAACUUUAACCCUUUUAUGUGUAUUUACCGGGAAUUCCAAGUGUAAGGUUCAAUAAAUGUCUAUUUCAUUUUUAAAGGUUUCUUUUUAUGCAAUAAUUGUGAAUUUAUAAUUUUAACAUGAUGAAAGUUAUUUCAAGUGCGUUUCUCUUGUAAAGUUCACAAGGUGGCAAUUAUUAUAGAAUUAAAAGUCCUGAAGAUUC